GGUUGAUGCAACAGUUGAUGCAGCCAGGAGCAUUGCCACUGCUUGCAUCAGAUCAAGAACGGUGAGGCGGCUCAUCUACACUGCCACUGUUAUGGCUGCUUCACCACUGAAGGAUGAUGGGAGUGGUUUCAAGGAGUUCAUGGAUGAGACCUGUUGGACACCUCUCAAUUUUUCUAUCCUUUACAGCAAUGACUUUGUUGAGGAGUACACUCGAGCAAAGACAUUGGCCGAGAAGGAAAUCUUAAGCUUUGGCAGUGAAAAAAAUGCUGGAGAAAUGGAGGUGGUGACACUGCUCUGUGGCCUUGUUGGUGGAGAAGCUCUUAUGCCAUAUUUAUCUGGAAGCUUAACGGUGUUCUUGGCACAGAUCACAAACGACGAACUUGCCCUAAACUCACUCAAGUUCUUACAAGAGCUGCUUGCAAAAAUCCCAGUUGUUCACGUUGAGGAUGUAUGCAAUUGCCACAUCUUCUGCAUGAAAGAAGCUUCAAUGAAUGGCCGAUUCCUUUGCGCCAACGGCUAUAUCUCGACUGCAGAAAUUGCCAGCUACUACCAGCAGAAAUAUCCUGAGUUCAGCAUCAAGAAAGAGCACUUUGAAUGUCCUAAAUAUGAAACCAAGUGGGGGUCUAAUCUGCUUGCUGAAAAGGGUUUUCAGUAUCAAUAUGACUGGCAGAAGGUUUUGGAUGAUUGCAUCACUUUUGCCAGGAAAACUGAAUAUGGUGUAUUCAAGGAUUUUCGCUUGAUCUAGUUGUCUAGGAUUUUCUUUUCUGCCUAAUACAAGAAUAUGUUAUGUAUUGAACUUAGACUCAAUAUCAUUUUAUUUCUGAUUUCGCUGGGUAGCCUUAGAUUCUUGGGUGACCUUCGGUCGUAAUAGACGUUGUUCCAAAUUAUUCGAAACGGUUGCGACGGAUCGUUCCUACUUAGCAACGGCUUUUGUAUUACUUGUUUAGAAACCGUUUUUAAAUACGUCUGACUACCUAAAAUUAUAAUUUGAA